CCAACCUUGAGCUUUUAUCUCUAUUUACCACUUCCUAUUCAACCACUUACUAUUCAACCACUGUCCACCACCCACACCGGACAAGAAACAUACCCACCACCGCCCACCAUGACUCACGACGACUCGGAAGAAUACUGCCCGGUGUGCAAGUCCUCGCGCUACCUCAACCCCGCAAUCCAAUUCCUGAUCGAGCCGACGUGCUACCACAAGAUGUGCGCGUCGUGCGUGGACCGACUAUUCGGCAACGGACCUGGUGACUGUCCCGUCGCUGGGUGCGGCAAGCGUUUGCGCUCGCAGCGGUUCCGCAAGCAGACGUUUGGCGACAUCACGGUGGAGCGCGAGGUCGACGUGCGGAAACGCGUCAACAAGGUGUUUAACCGCCGCGAAGACGAGUUUACUACUAAGCGCGAGUGGGACGAUUACCUCGAGAUGGUCGAGGGGACCACGUUCGAUAUCGUUAAUGGCACCAAGAAGGAGGUCGAGGCGGCUGAGAGGACGCUCAGGAAGUAUGAGGAGGAGAAUAAGGCCGUUAUUGAGAGGAAUGUUAGGAAGGAGCGCGCGGAGGCUAUGGCGUUCCUGGCGAGGGAGGAUGCCGAGAGGGAUGUCCUUAGAGCUGCGAGACAGGCCGCCGUCUUUGAGACGGAGGAGGAGAAGAGGGAGAUGCUCAUGAGUCGGAGGGCGCAGAUUGAGGCUAUGGCGAAGGGCGAUCUCGAACAGGUCGAAAGGAUCAAGGCGGCGUAUGCGAGGCGCGCGGAGGAGAGGAGGCAGAAGGCUCGACUGGAUGUUGUUAAUGCUAAGGGCAUCCGCGAGGGUCGAGCACUGGCUAUGAAUUCCUUCUUGGCGAAGGUUGGUAAAGAGGAUGAGGAGCAGGAGGAGGAGGAGGAGGAGGAGUGGCAGCCGCUGGGCAAAGGCGUCGAUGAUACCAGCCGGUACUACACGAUUCUGGACGAGUAUCCGAGGUAUGACUGGGUGGACGACUUCGUCGACAGGACCGAUGUCUCUGCUGGUGGAUACUCGCGGAAGGAGUGGUAUCAGAGGAGUCUCUUUGAAGCAUUCUCAGGGUUGACGGUGUUUGUCAAAGAUAAUGGGAAGGGCGAGAUGGAUGGGGAGGCGGAGCGCGCCGCGGGACGACCGCUUCCCGAUAGGACGGACAUCACAGUUAUUGAUGCGGUCUCAUAAGAACACAUCAACCCUGGUUUGGUGAAUUGCGGGGACGUUCUAUUUGGAUAUUUAGUUGGGCUUGUAUAUUGUUCUGAGGUACACUGGGUAGACAGCGAUAAUCAGCGACUCUGCCGCGACCGGACAUCCUCUAUUAAUGAUCACUUCGCCCUAUGGCAUGACGGUCCUUAGUAAGGUUCACUUUAAUGCUGCCUGUAUGUAGGAAAUACGUAGUGGAAAUUUCCAAUACCAAGCUCGGGAAUACCACUGCUCUGAUUCUUUC